GAGCUGAGCCCGCCCGUGAGCUCGUGGGUGCCAUUACGGACGUGCUUCGGUCCAGUGCUCCUGGCGACACCCGACUCCAGCAGACGGUCAGCCGCCUUCGCGACCUCGUCGGCAGCCCGAUUCAGCCAGCAGGUUCGACCACCUCUGGCACCACUGCAGGUUCGGCAACCCAGAACAACGCGCUGGCGUCGAACCCGAUCAUCGUGCAGCUGCAGUCCAACAUGGCGACCCUUCAGAGUACGGUGGAGACCCGCGGCCAGCAGAUCAGCACUAUCAACGCCACUUUGGCUGGAGCGGACGGCGCAGGAGUGCUUCAGAGGUCCACGCUCAUGGUACCCCAGAUGGCUGUGACGGGUCACGACCAUGCGAUCAACAUCUUGGGAGUUGGGUCCCAGCGUCAGAACGUGGUUCAAUUAUCCCAGGAGAUCAGCAUUUCUACUGGCUCUACAAUGCCGUACAGCGCUUGGUGGGCCCAGAUUUCACGAUGCAAAGGACUGGCUCAGUGGCAGACAAAGCUUCAGACGCUGGGAGCCCCUCCCGCCGAGGCGCAGGCGGCCUCCAGCUUCUCCAAGGUCGGCCAGCUGCUCUACUCCCGCAUCCAAUAUGACGGGUCCUGGAGCGCCGCCGACUUACAGACCAUCACGCUUCAAUGA